ACUUUAGGACUUUAAAUGCUUGGCGUUUUCAUUUCUCUUUCCUGGCUAAAGAUUUUAGUUUGACUUCUUACAAUGAAGACGUAUAUUUUGCAUAUAAAUAUACAUACAAACCUGUGAGUGAUCUAAAUCUAAUAAGAAACAUGGUACCUCAGCCUCCUGAUCAUCAACCAAUCUCUUAUGGCUUCCUUUUCAUCCUCUUCUUUUCUUCCAUUAUAUCUGCAAAAUAUGCAUGCGAGCUGACUGAACGCAGCUCCCUCAUGUCCUUCUCUCUCUCUCUCUCUUCCCCUCCAUUAAACUGGACUUCAGUUGAUUGUUGCCAAUGGGAAGGCAUCACUUGUGAUCAAGAUGGUUUGGUCACCCAGUUGCUCUUGCCUUCCAAAGGCCUCCAAGGAGGUAUUUUUCCCUCAUCACUUGCAAAUCUCACACAUCUCACCCACCUCAAUCUCUCCCACAAUUCGCUUUAUGGUUCACUAAAUCAAACUGGAUUCUUCUCGUCCUUAAACCGUCUUGAGAUCCUUGAUUUGAGCUCUAACCUUCUCUCCGGAGAGCUGCCAGCUUCUCUACCAUCCAGAAAUGUGAUCCGGAUGGUGGACUUGUCCAGCAAUCACCUCCAUGGCGAAAUCCCAUCUUCAUUCUUCCAACAAGCUUGGAAUUUAACUAGUUUCAGUGUCGGGAACAAUACCUUAACCGGGUCUAUCCCGUCCUCUAUUUGUCUUCAUUCUUCUCCCUCAAUUAGGCUAUUGGAUUUUUCCUUCAAUAAAUUCAGUGGCAAUAUUUUUCCCGGACUAGGGGCAUGUUCCAAACUGCAGGUUUUUCGUGCUGGUUACAAUAACAUUUCGGGUCUACUUCCAGAUGAUAUCUAUAAUGCUUCAACACUUGAAGAAAUCACAUUGCCUCGCAAUUCACUGUAUGGAGCCAUAGGUGAAAGAAUUGCCAACCUCACCAACCUCACAAUCCUUGACCUCCAAUCUAAUGGAUUGAGUGGUCUACUCCCUGCAAGUAUUGGUAAGCUAUCCAAACUGAAACUCAUGUUCCUUCAAUUCAACAACCUACAAGGUUCUCUGCCCCCAUCUUUGAUGAACUGCACAAACCUUGUUGAACUCAACCUGGGACUCAACCUUUUUGAAGGAAAUAUCUCCACCCUUGAUUUCUCCAAACUUGUUAAACUAACCGAAAUUGAUCUUGGCCAUAAUAACUUCACCGGUUUCUGGCCAGUAAGUCUUUACUCAUGCAAGUCCCUGAAAGCGAUUCGACUGAGCAAAAACAAUCUAGAGGUGCAGAUACAACCUGAGAUUCUUUCACUGCAAUUCUUGUCCUUCCUCUCGAUCAGCUAUACCAGAUUGACCAACGCCACGGGGGCAAUAAAGAUCUUAAUGGGUUGCAAAAGUCUCAAGGUGCUCCUCCUUUCAUCAAGUUUUUAUCUAGGGGAGGAAAUUCCAGCUCUUGAUAACAUAGAUGAUUUUGAUGGAUUUCAAAAUCUCCAAAUGCUAGAUUUGAGCAACUGUAAGCUCAGUGGUCAAAUACCUGCAUGGUUAUCCAAGCUCAAGAAGCUAGAGGUCUUGAUUCUAAAUUUUAAUAGAAUCACAGGGCCAAUUCCUAGUUGGCUGGGGACUCUUCCAAGGCUCUUUGUUGUAGCCUUGGGAUCAAAUCAAAUUUCAGGUGAAAUUCCAAAAGAACUUUUUAGGUUACCCAUGUUGGUAUCUGAAAAAACUGCAGUUCAAGUAGAUGACGAUGUUCUCGAAUUGCCUAUCUAUACAUCGACCAAUGGAACACUUUUGCAGUACAAAUUGUCCUACUUUCCUCGAGUGUUAGACAUAAGGAACAAUAGCAUUAGUGGGAGCAUACCUAUUGAGAUUGGACAAUUGCAGCUUCUCCAGAUGUUGUAUCUUAACACGAACAACUUCUCGGGGACCAUCCCGGAGCAAAUAUCCAACCUCAAGAACUUGGAGGGAUUGGAUCUUUCCAUGAACCAUUUGUCUGGAAACAUCCCAUCAUCAUUGGCAAGCCUUAGUUUCUUGAAAUCUUUCAAUGUCUCAUACAAUGAUCUCCAAGGAUCAAUCCCGACAGGCACUCAGCUCCAAAGCUUCAAUGCUUCUGCAUUUGAGGGGAAUUCAAAACUCUGUGGAGCCCCACUUCCAAAUGAGUGCCACCCAAAAAAUGGCCCUGAUGCAGAGCAUAAGAACAACCAAGAUGUGGACAAUGGGCACCAAAUUCUGUGGUUUGAGUUAUCUGUUGUGCUUGGGUUCAUUGUAGGGUUCUUGGGAGUCUGUUGCUCUUUGCUCUUUAACAACACAUGGAGAUACAGAUAUUUCCAGUUCCUAGACAAUGUUCAACAUAAGCUCUAUUUGAUGCAGAGAAAGCUUAGAAGGGUGAGAGUUGACAGACAACUCCAAGACCAAGUCCAAGUCUCAAACCAAAGGCCCGAAGUUAAUAGCAGCAAUCUGUACAGUGAUACAGAUGGUAAAAAUUGGUCAGAAUUUGCAACCCUCACAAGUCACAAUGCUGCCAGACCACCUCCCUUCAAUGAUCCAACCAAAGAAGAUCCCUACGCGUCCCUCGGCACAGAAGAAGAAAUAUUUUUUGAUACAAGCAAUAUUGAAGGAGGAGAGAUUCAAACACAAGAUCUCAGAUUUACGGCUAACUAGAGGAAAAUACGAGGGUAAGGGUACUAUGGUAAUAUCGCGCUCCAAAAGUGAAGGGACGAAACCCACUAAAAUAGCGAAGUGCCCAUCACCUGCAGUUUUGGGCUUCAGGAGUUGUACCGUACACAUGUGUAACAUUCCACAAGGUUGGCCCAUCACCUGAUUUUUUUGUAUUUUGUACCGUAACAAAUCGGUUGGGAUUGGACGGGAGAAAUUCUUUUGUACGCCGAAUGCACCGGACAAUAUAGUACACACUAUAAAUAGAUCCCCACCGUACAAAAAGAACUAUCAUCAUCCACGCAAUGUGCACAAGCUAAUAAUUUUCGCUUCAUAGAGUAUGGUUUUCUUUAUUUUUUUUCAUAGAAGAGUAAGGUUUUGUUAUAUAUAGGAAAUGUGAACUAUUUACUUUGUAUACUUAUAUUUAUAUCAUUUUAACAAUAAGAAUAAUAUGCUAAUGCAAUCCACACCCACUAAUGGUUGAAAGCUUCGCGCAGCUAGGUGCGAUUGAUAGUAACACCCCUCAUAUGGUAAUACGUUACCUAACUUCUAAUCUACCAACCCUCAUUCCAUGUAUCUCACCUUUUCUAUUUUACGUAUAUCAUAUUUCACAUGCAACAUGUACGUAAAUUCGGCCAUUCAAAACUGUUUAAACAAUGCAGAAGUUACAUAUUAUUUUUUGUUUUUUUGGUCAAAAGCUUAUUGGUGCAGAUCCCUAAUAACAAUAUCUAAGAAAUGUUUUUGUGAGAGAAACAAAAAUUAUAAACAGAACCUUUAAAAUAUAUACCUUAUAUAGAGAGAGGAGAAUUUUCCUGAAUAAAGGACCACCCUUGAGGCCCAUAAAUACGAAAACUUCCAGAAUCUAACUAUUUUUCUCAUAUGUCCUUGGCAAGCUUAGCCAUGUAACCGAAAAUAGUUGUAUAUACGUAUAUAGGUAGUGCGUAGAACAAUUUCUCCUUAAACACCAUGAGAAUGAUGAUUGAUUACUAGGGUGCAUGUAUCCAAGACUCUAGAUCUUAUGAUUAAUUUUUAACUGUUAAUACAUGUGAGUUGCAAUACAAGACUCGCGUACCUUUAUGGUUAAAAAUUACCUACAUCUUAGUCACAGGGGCUAACCAAAAAAUUUGGAAAAAUAAAACAUAUAACUUUCGAAAUUGAAAAAAGGGCAAAAAGGAACGAACAAGACCAUCAAACUAACACGUCCCAUGACUGUCCAACACACUCCGUAAUUUUUUAACACCUCCUCCUUUGGGGCUGGACUGUUGGAGGGGUUAUAAUUAUAUCCUCUUAAGUACUCAUAUUUAAACUCCCUAGUGGACCCCACCACUCCCCUAAGGCAUAAGCUACCCUUCAUCAAACUCUUGACCCAGAUUUUGUCCUCUAUCGUAACGCUCAUGUGCCGCACGCUAACAUCCUCACCAAUUACACCAGACCAUCCCAAACAAAUUUUUCAUUUAACCCUAUUAUCCUGCAGGUUUGAGUUGAGCCUAAUCAUAAAGUACCAAAACACCCCCAUUUUAUUCCCCGAUAUGACAAAAUCACCCUCAACUUCGUGAUGUGUCACGCUCUGAUUGGUCCAGCCCCCACGACAUCUAAAUCUAAACUGACAGUCACCACCUCGUCCAGUAAUUGCGACCUCCUUUCCCAUCCCUUUUUGCCAAAUCUUCAUUUU